AGUGUUUACGUUAGAGAUUGUCAAGAUUGCAAGCUUGUCGUUGCUUGUCAGCAGUUUAGGUAAGGUGUAUAUUAAAGAAAUCCUCGCAAUUUUUGAAAGACAAUUGACCAUUUGCAUAAUAGACAAAAUUUUAAUCUAGACAUAAAUUUCAUCACAGCUUGAAAGAGCAUCACAAAAUUAGUAAUAUUCCAAAGUUUCGUUGCGAAAUGUUGUAAAAUGCGGAUAAUAUAGCCUUGCGAAGUUUGCCGUUUUUCAGUCAUUUUAGAUUACAAACGCGAAAUUGACAGCCCGAUACGCUUUGAGGCUGUCAAUUUCCCGUUUGUAAUCUAAAAUCGGACUGAAAAUUGCAAACUUCGCAAGGCUAUAUUAUCUGCAUUUUACAACAUUUCGCAACGAAACUUUGGAAUAUUACUUAUUUUGUGACGCUCUUUCAAGCUGUGAUGAAAUUUUUGUCCAGACUUGUUUAGAUCAAAAUUUUGUCUGUUACGCAAAUGGUCAAUUACCACCGGUAUAACGCCGCCGUUGAACAUGAAAUUAUCGAUGGCAACUUUUUGCUAAUGCAUCUUCAAAUUGUCAUAAUUCAUAAUUUAGAGACCCAUUUUCUAAACUUGGCACAAGUUUUCAACAAGUAACACAUUCAUAUUUAAGUGUACAACUUCUACUGUAGGAUAUAGAAAUGAGCAUGGUCAGUCUGAAGCCGCUUUGUCUGAAUUGAAAUUGAAAACGUUAAAAGAACGCAGAUUAAUCUUUAGGGGCAAGUUUAUGUAUAAAAUUGCCCAAUGCCAAGCACCACCUGUUUUAACCGAUAUCUUUGAAGACUCAUCUGCUCCUCAACAUAAUUAUAAUUUAAGAGACCACGAUUUCAAGUUUUACUUACCAAAACCAAAAACAGAAUACUUGAAAAAUAGCAUCCGGUAUAGUGGAGCAAAACUCUGGAACAGCUUACCUUGCGAGUUAAGAAGCGCAAAUUCAUUAAAUCUAUUCAAUUCGUUGAUUUCUGAUACUAGCCUGCAGUCUUAAAUCUAUUAUUAUAUCUUUAUUUAACCAUGAUUUAACUAAUUGUAAAAUUUAAUAUGUAAGUGUAACUAUUGUAUAUAUUUUAUCAUCACGCCCCUCUUGGAAAUCAGCAAAUGCUGAAGGGGUUAUAGCGUGUUUAAAUAAAGUUUUAUCUACAUCUACAGGACAAGAGAUUGCAGAAGGCUAGACGUCUUCCUGUGCUGUAACACACAGCCGAUCAUCGAAUCUUCAACGGGCAUGAAGUUCGCUUGUUUCCAAUACAACUAUCCAGAAUUAGAAGGUAAUGGUAAUUUACAUGCAUGAUAUUGAUAAAACUACAUUCAACAGCUGAUUCCAGCUGUAUAGACUAAAUUUUGAUCUAGGCAAAAAGAACGAAAUCCAUCAAGUGAACACGGCUGGAAAGAGCAUGUUGUAAUUGGUAAAAUUGCAAAGUUUGGCCACAAAAUGUUGUAAAAUGUGGAAAAUAUAGCCCUGCAAAGUAAAUUUUGUAUAUAUUUGCAUUACGCGCUGGAAAAAUAACCAUUUUUGAGUCGAAAGUGGUUAUUUUUACCGUGCGUAAUACAAAUAUAUACAAAAUUUGCGAACUUCACAGGCCAAUCUUUACCGUUUAACUCAUUCCAAGACGCUCUUUCUAGCUGUGGUGUUAGAUUUUGUUCUUCUUGCCUUGAUCAAAAUUUACUGUACAGCUGGAAUCAUCCAUUCAUGACGACUGACCGCACCCAUCUUGUUUUAGGCCGGCGAACGGUGAAUUUCGCCAUCGCUAAGAAGACAUUUUACAACCAUUCGCCAGAGGCUGUGUGUAAUUCGCCGAUCUUGCAGUCAUGACAAGUUGAAAUUUUUAGCCCAGUCUUGCACUCGGACAAUAUACCAAAUAGACAAAGCUUGCAAGCCUUUGCCAAACACUCAACUCACAGUGCCCUUGAACCUUCGACAUUCCAUUCUUUGCAUACUCGCUUCGCUCAUCAAUUAAUAGCCGGAGCCUCAGUAGAGCGAAACAGUAUUGGCCAUACCCAAAUUAUUAUUAUUAGCCAGGACUUAAAACGGAUACCGGAAGGGUUGCUGACCACAUUGACCUGUGAAGCUGCAAUGCAACCAAAUGCACCCCAGUUUGUUAUUUUACUCUUUCAAAUCUGACGAUUUUACUUAUUAGUGGACCAUUCCCCAAUUAACCAAAAUUUUGAUCUCAACAAGUCUAGACAAAAUUGCAUUAUGGCAUGAAAGAGCAUCACAAAAUUAGUAAUAUUCCAAAGUUUCAUUGCGAAAUGUUGUAAAAUGCGGAUAAUAUAGCCUUGAGAAAUUUGCAAUUUUCAGUCAUUUUAGAUUACAAACGAUAAAUGGUUACCACUUUUCCAAAAUUUUGAUCUUAACUAGCCUAAACAAAAAUUUCAUCACAGCUUGAAAGAGCGUCACGAAAUUAGCAAUAUUCCAACGUUUCGUGGCCAAAUAUUGUAAAAUGCGGAUAAUAUAGCCUUCGAAGUUUGUGAUGUUCAGUCAUUUUAGAUUACGCACAGAAGUGGUAACCGUUUCCCGUUUGUAAUCUAAAAUGACUGAAAAUUGCAAACUUCGCAAGGCUAUAUUAUCCGCAUUUUACAACAUUUUGCAACGAAACUUUGGAAUAUUACUAAUUUUGUGAUGCUCUUUCAAGCUGUGAUGAAAUUUUUGUCUAGACUUGUUGAGUUCAAAAUUUUGGUUAAUUGGGGAAUGGUCCAUUCAUAUGAAUUAUUAACAUUAUUGUGUUCAUUGCUAUAUAGGUCAGUUUGAUGCAGCUGGACUCAGUGUUUACAACAAUAACUGGAGCAACAUUCAUGACUUCACGCCAGCUGCCGAUGUGGAAACAUGGUCCCUUUUACCAGAAGUAAAUAUAAUGUUAUUUUACAUUAGUGAUGCACCGAUAUCGGUAUCGGCACUAAAAUAGAAAUAUCGGUAAUGUUGUGUUUGUGGUGUUACCCUGAGUGCAUAUCCACACCGGGCGAGCUUGAAAAAUAUGCCCGGCCACGGUGGGAACGUGGCCGGGCAUAUUUUUCAAGCUCGCCCGGUGUGGAUAUACACUCAGGGUAACACCACAAUCAUCACAUUCACCUGAGUACACAACACCAACACAGAAAAAAUCGGUACUGUUGUUGUUAAUAUUACCGAUAUUACAAACCGUCAUUGAAUAUUAUUAUAUGGCAAGCAUCACUUUCAGUGAAAUGGCGGACUAUGAUUGGCUGAGAAGCACUUUCAGCGGCCAGUCCAUUACGUAAAAACAAACGCAUGCAUUUUAAAACAAAACAGCAAAACUAAUUGAAAAUUUGAAAAUUAUAAUUAAAUUUGUUAUUAAUAAGAUAUUUGCGAAUGGUUUUUAGUGGAAAGGGGAAUACAUUGGUAAUGUUUGUUUUCUUCGACCAAAUGUGUACCACGCUACUAAUAUGCAUUUCAAAUCUUGCAUUUCUUGUUUGUUUCAAGUAUAUAAAUGCCAUAUAAUAAACUUUUUAUUAACCUCGCUUGUUCGGUCUUUACAGAGAAAUAUUGCACCUCGGUCUUUUUGUACAAACCUCGUCCCUACGGCACAGAAUAAAGAUCCAUAUAGAAGGGCCACUUACGUCGGAAGCUUUGACGUUUCUGUCCUCGCGCAUGCCGCAUUACGCAUGUUGGCCGCCAUUUUCCUAGCCAGUUAAUGACAUUUUCUGGCCAAUAAACACGCUGUACUGGCUGGCUGCUCCGCCUUCUGGCCAGUAAACUGCAUAUUUUUGCAUGAAAAAACGAGGACGCGUUGCACCGCUGAGUGGCCCUUCUGUUACUGAUCUUUAUUUUGUGCCUACGGGCUCGGUCUGUACAAAAAAAGACCUCAGUCCGAUAUUUCUUUGUAAAGACCUUGCGUUCGGUUAAUAAGAAGUUAUCAAUGAUUGGUUAUAUGGUUGCAGUUCAAUAGUUAUUUUUAUUGCAAAUAAACUAACGUAGUAUAAUAUUAUUAUUAAUACUAGUUUGUUGCAUAUAAUAUACUUAAUAUUUAUUUACACGAUGUGUUUUGAAACAUCUUGCAAGUUCCCUUAAGGCCAUGUUACACGGUGCAAUUUUUCUUGCAACUUGCAAUGCAAUUCUACUCUUGAGAGAUGUUAAUUAGUGAAAUUUGUGAAGAAUUUUCGAUAUGUUGAGAAAACAUCAGCGGAGUGUAAUGAAGACUCAUAUUUGGUAAUUUUACAUCUCUCAAGAGUAGAAUUGCAUUGCAAGUUGCAAGAAAAAUUGCACCGUGUAACAUGGCCUUUAUUGAAUGAUUUUUUCUGUCACUAUAGGAUGCCAAAGUUUCUGACUAUGUUCCACAUCCUCCAUGUCGUUACUUUCCUGAAAUGGAAGUUUCAGCUGAUGCUGAUUCCAGUGUUGUCCCUCUAACAUUAGGCACGAGAAGAAAACAAUCCGAUGAGGUAUUGAUGAUAAGUACUGUUUAAUUUAAUUUUAAUUUUAAUUUAUAAACUUUGCCGAUGAAACAGUACAUUACAUGACAGGACAAAAACAAACGUACAUAAUGAAAUACAGUAGGUACAUGACCACGUCUGGGUGACCGCAACAGCGAAUAGCCAAUUACUGCGGGCCCGAACAUGAGCAAUAGUGUUUUAUCGGGUAUUUAAGAUACGAAGAUACGAAGUCGAGUAUCUUUAGGUCUAAUAAAACGCGCACUGCGAACUGCUUCAAAAACGAUCGAUCUAUAGUAAGUUCAUUGGCGAAGUAAUUUUCAAAAACUUAUACGUUGUGUAAGUCGAGAAAAUCAAAGUUAAGUAAAUCAAGGAACAUGCCUCUCAGAUGUUCAGGAAUGGUCUGAAUGCAUGCUUCAGUAAAGUAGAAAAUUUCAGUUUUUCCGAAUACAUUCUGCAAUAUUUACCGACCAGAUUUAAUAACAGUCGUACCCAACUACCCAAGACGUAAAUUCAUCAAAUGAUGCCAUCAAAAACUUAAAAUUUCCUGUUCUGUGGCCGAAUCUUAUUCGUUGACUUGAUAUACGAACGUUUUCCAGCAAUUGGGUUUGAGCAAAUUAGUGGACACUCAAUUUUGACAAUAUGAAACAUAACUUUAAAAAAUUUCUUCUGUGCCUGGUCCCAUGUCGCAAUUUGCAAGCUUCAAGCGAAGCCAGGAAGUUUGGACUACGCAGGGCUAACUGAAAAUGUUUUUUGGCUACCUGCAAAAAAAUUGAUAUACAGGCAUGUCAAGGGAAUUAUCAAAUCUUUAUCACAUAUAAAGAUAUGACACGCUCAUGAUUUUUCUUCCUCAUGAUUUUUCUUCCUCAUGAAUUAUUAAUGAGUUUUUGAAGUAUAAAUAGCAUGUAUAAUUAAUUGAAGUAAUAUUAAAGUGGCGUUAGUUUUGUACUAAAAUCAGUGACAAACUUUCUGCACCGAUUAGGCUGAGAAAGAUAAAUACAUAGCUUGUACCAGAUCCAGCGCAGAAACGCGGUAGAAAUUUAAUUAUCGCUUAUUUUCUUUUCUUUAUCAGUCAUGUUUGGUGGUGUUCUAUGGAGGACGGCAAACAAGAAAUAAUGUAAAAUUGUAUUUGCGUGAGGUCAGAUUAAAGGUACAGUGUGCUCCAUAAUCAAUGGACCAUUUGCAUAAAAGGAUAAAUUUUGAUCUCAACAAGUCUAGACAAAAAUUUCAUCACAGCUUGGAAGAGCAUCACAAAAUUAGUAAUAUUCCAAAGUUUCGUUGCGAAAUGUUGUAAAAUGCGGAUAAUAUAGCCUUGCGAAGUUUGCCAUUUUUCAGUCAUUUUCUAUUACAUUAAUUUCUAUUAUUUUACAACAUUUCGCAACGAAACUUUGGAACAGGGUCUUAGCUAGAGGGCCGUGUUGGCCGUGUUAUCGCGGCCAAAAGUGGAAAAACACGGCUAGAUAAAAUGAACGCGGCUUCAAUAUUCAUAUAAGGCCGUGUAGGUUCAUAAAAUAAAAUGGUGCUACUUACAACAGACAGAAUUUCUUCCUGUUUAUGUCGUAAGAAAGUUUGUAAAAUCUACUGUUGUUGUUGAAUUGGCAAAAGUGAUUCGUGAUGUUUUAAUAUUUUGAUGGAUAAUGGGAAGUGUAUAUGGUGUUAAAAUGGUUUUAAAUGCCCCCAAGAGUUGCUGAAAUAACUUAAUAUUUUAAUGUCAGUGCGCAAUAUGAGCGUAUGCUCGCCUUGUAUUUGGUUGCAAAGCACAGAACAACAACAGGCAUUGUCUGUUGUUGGCGAGCAUAACUAUAGAACCGUGAUUUUGCUAUUCAAGGUAAUUGACAUGUGCACGCCCUGGUCAUUAGAAACACGUCCAAGAUCUAAAAUCCUAGCUAAGACCCUGCUUUGGAAUAUUAUUAAUUUUGUGAUGCUCUUUCAAGCUGUGAUGAAAUUUUCGUCUAGACUUGUUUAGAUCAAAAUUUAGUCUCCAUUUCGCUUUAUCCCAUAAAAAUAUGGCUGUAUCUAUUAUCAACCAAAUAAUAUUUGCAUGAUAUAUAGGCAAUUUUAUGCAAAUUUUUAACAUCAAAUAUGCUUACUCGAUUUUGAAAUAUCGAUAGCUCAGUUAAUGUUGCAAGGACAUUCAAAUAUUAUAUAUCAAUAUCUAAGUUAGCCCUUUCUGAACACAAUAAGACUUAUUUGUCAGCUUUUAUGGUUGUUACGUUACAUUAAAUCAAACAGCGCAAGUUUUUUGGGAGACACCCGGUAUAGUAUAAAAUUGAAACAGUGAUAGCCAUUCAUCUUUGUGUCAGGUACCCUUUUAAUGCAAUGUUUGUAGUAAUUGUAAUGAAGGGCAAAAUUGGAUGAGUUGUACAGUCUUAAUUCAUUAAGACACUGAUACAUAUGUACACUACAUGCAUACGUCGCUUCGUUGACGUUGACCCGUUCUAAGCCCUAACUUUCCAAGGGAGUCUUCUUUAGCUAAACCGUUGCACCUUCCCUACAUUUUUUUCACCUCCUGAUUCAGUCUAAUAAAUGUAUAUCAAUUUCCACUCAAUAAUUUCCAUCUACAAUACCCUUCGAUACUCGAUAAUUUCCAUCUACAAUACUCGAUAAUUUCCAUCUACAAUAUUCGAUAUUUCUUCAUUACAAUUGUUAUUGGAUGUCUUUUUUAUGGUUUGAGUUAAGCUGAAACAUGAUUGUUUCUCGGAGUGGGAACUUGUACCUGCGGGUGUUCCGCAGGGGGCAAAGUUGGGGCCUUGGCUAUUCCUGAUUAUGAUCAAUGACCUUAAGUUGCAAAAUGAAAUGUGGAAAUUCGUGGACGAUACCACUGUCAGUGAAGUAAUUGGAAAAGAUGAAACAAGUAACUUGCAAAACCAAGUGGACAUUUUAGCGAACAGCAUUUCAAGUUCCAGUUAAACGAAGCAAAGCGCAAAGAAAUGAGAAUUUGUUUUGGAUCUAAUGUUAACGACUUUCAACCAAUUACCAUCAAUAACAUUACACUGGAUAUUGUCCAAAAUGCGAAAGUUUUGGGAUUGCAUAUAGCUAACAAUCUUAAGUUGAAUAUUCACGUGAAUGAAGUGAUCAAGAAAUGUCGUAAACGCCUUUACCGUCUUACCCAACUAAAACGAGCAAAUAUUGGACUUAAGGAAUUACAUGUACUUCAAUUUUACAAAUCGUGUAUAAGACCUGUUUUGGAGUAUGCCUGCCCGGUCUUCCACAAUAGCCUUACAUGCAUUGUAUUUGUCAAACGACCUAGAAUCAGUCCAAAAGCGAGAACUAAAAGUUCGGAAGGUGGGUCAUUGGUGGGUCCCGACCAUUGGAAUGUAGGCCUGCGCAGAACGGACUUUACAUCACCUUUAAUGAGUUUAACAAUUUUAUAUAUAGAGAGUAGUACAUAUAAUAUGCAUGCUAAAUUCUAUGAUCUAAUUCUACUGUCUAUAGGGAUCAUAUCAACUAGUUCAAACAAAAGAGGUAAAGAUGACGAUUGAAGAUGCUCAGAGAGUAUUUGGAAACGAGCAUGACAUGACCAAUAUUCAACAAGGUAAGGAUUUUAUUUAGCCUCCAUUUGCACUGCACACACAUAUUGUUAAAAGUGUCUUAUUAUUGUCACUGUAAAACCUGUUUCUCUUGUAUAAAACCUGUUUCUUUAUUGUGCAUCACAGUCAAAUUUCGGUGUACGCACAUGAAAAUGAAAUAAAAAGGUCGUUUACUGAUUGUGGAAAUGAAAUUUCGUUGUGCGAAGGCGUAAACUGUCCUUAAACUGUCCAGAAUAUGCCCGUUCGAUUCUGCAAGAUUGAAACCUUCUGAUGAAGAAAUAGUUUCCCAUUCUCAAAACAAACUUUUCCCACUCUUGGAAUAUUUUCCCGCGCAGGUUCUCAUGCAUGCUUGGCCUCAAAUUCGCUUCAACAAUAUGAUUUGAUCACUACCCUAGUUGUUCAUUGGGGCUAGCCAAAGGUGGGGGAAAAUAGCGGACCAUGGGACCAGAAAAUUGUUCUAAUCAAGCAACCUCGCAAGCCAGGCUAGGCUCUCUUCUUCCGCUCAGGGGCGAAACUAUCCUCUUUUAAUUAAGGGGUGUGUCUGCUAGAAUUGCCCUGCAAAAGCCGAUGAUGCCCUGCAGCAAAUUUUUUUUGGCCACUAUUUUUCCCAAAAAUGUUGGCGAGCAGGGGGGGGAUAGAGGUUGAAAAAAACUUUUCCGGACAUUCCAAAAAAGGGUCGGAAAAAUUUUCCGGACAUAAACCAGUUAAAUUAAGGGUCAAAAAAUUUUUCACUACAAUUUCCUGUUAAAACAUGCGCGAAACCCUUAUUUUUGGACCAAUAUCUGAAAAUUUGGGUCUAUAAAUCCCUGUAAGUUACUUAAUAACUCUACAUUCUAUCAUUUAAAAUCUUUUAUUGCCCUACCAAUCCAGAUGAUUCACCCUGCCAAUCCAGAUUAUUCGUACUUUGGGGGUGUCACACCCCCCCCCCAUACCCCCUCAAGUUUCGUCCCUGCUUCCGCUUCCCUCCCAGACACGCUCCUUUUUGGGAGCGAAGCGGAAGUAAGAGAGCCUGGCUUGCCAGGUUAGUUGUCAAGCUGAAGGAAAAUAGAAAAAUAUAAGUAUCAACGAAAUAGAACAGAUGCAGUAUAUUCUCAACCUUUCUCAGGACCCUUUGAAUCUAAGUUCAUCGAGUGUUAAACCUUACCCAUUUGAACCAUGCAGUUCGCCUACUGUAAACUGGGGUGCAAGCUGUACAUUGAAACUUGGACUUAAUUUUCAGCAUUAAUUUUGCUUUUAAAAAUUCUGUUUAAUCUACCAGAAUAGGACAUUCCAUUUGACUCUUUGUCACCGUAUAGGCAGUUAAAGUAUAGGUAUGGACUGUCAUGUUACUCUCUGGUCCCAGAAAAUAUAAUAGCUUAGUAGUUUACCACUCCUAAAGUUAGUAUACCAAUGUGUGUAGAAUUCGCAGACCUUCAUGCAUUUCUGUGCAAAUUCAAUAUGGCGGAAUUGUAUAAAGGCAUAUAGUAUACUGUAUACGUGGCGUAUGCAUGUACUGUACAUAAUUAUAUACAAUUGUGGUGAAUAAUAUAUGAAACGACUAUAUAUACAUCAUUGACAUAAUAAACGAACUCCCCCUAGAGAAGUUAUGCAGCACUAUUCCCUAUGAAUAGCGAUUAGCGGAACUUCUACUGCCGAUUUCUUGAAACGAUUUAAUUGAUUUGUGAGUUCACGAGCACAUACUCAGAAUGCUUUAUCAAAAUUGUUAUGUAUACAGCCAUAUUUUCAAAUACAUUGUACUUGAGCAAGUAAAUUUACUGUACUAUGCUACACCAACUGUCCAGUCACGCAUAUACUGUACGUGAUAAAAAAAAAACGAUAUAAACUUUAUAAACAAAAGAUAAUGUAAAACGUAAUAGAACGGCGAACAUGCAGAUUCGGCCACCUCAAAUAAUGGUAAUUUUGGGAUAGUAGCGUUGCAGACUGCAGAGGAGAGUGUACAGUAAGGCUCCCUCGUACAUCGCCUCAUGUAUAGUAGCGUUGCAGACUACAGAGGAGAGUGUGCAGUAAGGCUCCCUCAUACAUCGCCUCAUGUAUAGUAGCGUUGCAGACUACAGAGGAGAGUGUGCAGUAAGGCUCCCUCAUACACCACCUCAUGUAUAGUAGCGUUGCAGACUACAGAGGAGAGUGUGCAGUAAGGCUCCCUCGUACAUCGCCUCAUGUAUAGUAGCGUUGCAGACUGCAGAGGAGAGUGUGCAGUAAGGCUCCCUCAUACACCACCUCAUGUAUAGUAGCCUUGCAGACUGCAGAGGAGAGUGUGCAGUAAGGCUCCCUCGUACAUCGCCUCAUGUAUAGUAGCGUUGCAGACUGCAGAGGAGAGUGUGCAGUAAGGCUCCCUCGUACAUCGCCUCAUGUAUAGUAGCGUUGCAGACUGCAGAGGAGAGUGUGCAGUAAGGCUCUUUCAUACACCACCUCAUGUAUAGUAGCCUUGCAGACUGCAGAGGAGAGUGUGCAGUAAGGCUCCCUCGUACAUCGCCUCAUGUAUAGUAGCGUUGCAGACUGCAGAGGAGAGUGUGCAGUAAGGCUCCCUCGUACAUCGCCUCAUGUAUAGUAGCGUUGCAGACUGCAGAGGAGAGUGGGCAGUAAGUCUUCCUCAUACACCACCUCAUGUAUAGUAACGUUGCAGAUUGCAGAGGAGAGUGUGCAGUAAGGCUCCCUCGUACAUUGCCUCAUGUAUAGUAGCGUUGCAGACUGCAGAGGAGAGUGGGCAGUAAGUCUUCCUCGUACAUCACCUCAUGUAUAGUAACGUUGCAGACUGCAGAGGAGAGUGAGUAGUAAGUCUUACUCAUACAUCGCCUCAUGUAUAGUAGCGUUGCAGACUGCAGAGGAAAGUGGGCAGUAAGUCUUCCUCAUACAUCACCUCAUGUAUAGUAACGUUGCAGACUGCAGAGGAGAGUGAGUAGUAAGUCUUCCUCAUACAUCACCUCAUGUAUAGUAGCGUUGCAGACUGCAGAGGAGAGUGGGCAGUAAGGCUCCCUCACCCACCACCUCAUAUAUAGUAGCGUUGCAGACUGCAGAGGAGAGUGGGCAGUAAGGCUCCCUCGUACACCACCUCAUGUAUAGUAACGUUGCAGACUGCAGAGGAGAGUGAGUAGUAAGUCUUACUCAUACAUCACCUCAUGUAUAGUAGCGUUGCAGACUGCAGAGGAAAGUGGGCAGUAAGUCUUCCUCGUACAUCAUCUCAUGUAUAGUAACGUUGCAGACUGCAGAGGAGAGUGAGUAGUAAGUCUUCCUCAUACAUCACCUCAUGUAUAGUAGCGUUGCAGACUGCAGAGGAGAGUGGGCAGUAAGGCUCCCUCACCCACCACCUCAUAUAUAGUAGCGUUGCAGACUGCAGAGGAGAGUGGGCAGUAAGGCUCCCUCAUACACCACCUCAUGUAUAGUAGCAUAGCAGACUGCAGAGUAGAGUGAGUAGCAAGGCUCCCUCAUACAUCACCUCAUGUAUAGUAGCGUUGCAGACUGCAGAGGAGAGUGGGCAGUAAGGCUCCCUCAUACACCACCUCAUGUACAGUAGCAUAGUAGACUGCAGAGGAGAGUGGGCAGUAAGGCUCCCUCAUACACCACCUCAUGUAUAGUAGCAUAGCAGACUGCAGAGUAGAGUGAGUAGCAAGGCUCCCUCAUACACCACCUCAUGUAUAGUAGCGCUGCAGACUGCAUUAGAGUGGACAGUAAUGCUCCCUCAUACACCACCUCAUGUAUAGUAACGUUGCAGACUGCAUUAGAGUGGACAGUAAUGCUCCCUCAUACACCACCCCAUGUAUAGUAACGUUGCAGACUGCAGAGGAGAGUGGACAGUAAGGCUCCCUCAUACACCACCUCAUGUAUAGUAGCGCUGCAGACUGCAUUAGAGUGGGCAGUAAGGCUCCCUCAUGCACCACCUCAUGUAUAGUAUAGCGUUGCAGACUGCAGAGGAGAGUGGGCACAAGGCAUAUACCGGGGGACAUUUGCCCCCCAGGCCCUCCUGUUGGCCCCCACUCAUGCAAAAUCCCGCCCCCCCCCCCAAUCCUUGGGCUCUUUUAACACAUUUUUGUGUGGAAUCAUUAAAAUGUGAAUAUAUAUAGUAAGUCUUUGUCUGUAUAUUUUUAUCAUAGUCAAUGAGAGUAUAUAUGAAGAAAUUCUUUAGGGAUUCGUCUGGAUGUUUGUAAACUUUAACUUUUAUAUAUUACAGUAGCUUUGAGUUAAAAUAUAUGUUGAAAGACGAUCACAUUGCGAGUAAAAGUGUUAAACAUUAACUUUUUAUUGUAUUCAGAAUUAUUUAAAAUGCCCCCAAAACGCACGAAAUAGUAAUUUUGGAGUCUCCAGAUUUCAAAAUUUUGCAUGGGGAUACAAAACUCGUGCCUUCGGCGCUUGCUCCAAUGGGCCCUUUUCCAAGUUAUGGACCCCCACUUAUAAAUAUAUGGACCCCCACUUAUAAAUCUUUAAAAUAUGUCUUGGUGGGCAGUAAGGCUCCCUCAUGCACCACCCCAUCCAAAACCUGCACCCCUCCUUGCAGAUGAGGCUAGAUCCGACCCCUGACUCCUGCUAUGUCUCGAACAAUUUUUCGCUUGCCUUAGGAGUUCCACUGUUAGCUUGGUUAAGCCCGUUCUCCACUAGGUGAGUUUGUUCGCGCGAACAGUAAAAAAUAGGUCUGAUCCAACUUUUUGGCGGCGAAUUUUUUCGCUGACCAAUCACAUUGCCAAGAUUUGUUUUUCGCUUCACGUCGCGCGAAAAAUUCGCCUAGUGGAGAACGGGCUUUAUGCUGUAGAUUAUUUCGUUUCAGGCGCUGUUAUAGGUUUAGAAAUCAACGGGGAUAAUUGUAUCCAGGUUUGUAAUGAAAUAAUGGGCACGCUGUUUAAAGGGAGAAACAAAUCUGAACUUGCAUUUAUAUCAAAAAGUAACGAAACAGCAGCUAGGAAUAUCGACGAUUUUUAUAAUUUCGUCGAUAUGACUAUGUCGUAGAGCAAUCAAUUGUAAAAUACUAUAUUAUUAAUUGUAUAUUAUACUGUAUAUUAUAUAUAAAUAAUUUAUGUUAUAAAAUAAUAAGCAGUGCCCGCUUGCAAAUUAAAGUUUUGCUCAUUGAUUGAACGUGGUCGAGAUUGCUAUUAAUAAUAUUUACUUUAAUUAAAGGGAAAUGACAAUAUAAAUUUUUAUUUUCUCAUUUGAAAGAACUUUUGAAACUAUAUAUUAACUUCUUUUACCGAUUUUGCAUAUCUUGCUUAGUUCUUGAAAUAUUUUCUUUUGAAGUAAUGAGAUGUCCGCCAUCUUGGAUAAAUUUUUCAUCUCAUUAACGGUGGUUUUGGUGACGUCACAACAGGGAUUAACCAUAUAAAACUAUUCGUUGCUGACCAAAUAUUGAUUGGUCGAUGUUUUAAAGGUUUUGAGUGAUUCGAAGGGCAGACCGGGUAUAUAGUUUUGAGUGGAAAUGAUUAGUGCUUGUCUAGAUAAAAAUGUUGGGUGACCCCUGUUGUGACGUGACAUGCAUAUAUCUACAAAAAUUGAAGAUGGCGGGCAUUUCAUUCCUUUCGCUCAAAAUAUCUGUAGAAGGGGGCAAGAUAUAAAAAAGGUAAAGAGUGUUAUAUAUAGUCUUAAAAGUUCUUUCAAACGAGAAAAUAAAAAUAUAGCUAUAUUGCCGUUUCCCUUUAUUAGUACUGUAACUAUAUAAAAGCUUUCUCCCCAACAAUCUGAAAGAUAAAUUUUGCAACUGGCAAAAAAUGAAAUGAUAACGUACUACAGUCAAAAUUCAAACAACGUAUGCAAACUAUACAUGCAUGAAUAUUAAUAUCAACACAGAUUUUCCUCAAUGCUCAUAUAUGUAUUUUUACAAAUACUUAUAUAGCUUGACAUACAAAGUAUAACAAAACUAAAC